AUGCGAAUCAAGCUUCUCAUCACUGUAUACCUUUUGCAUUAUACAAAUGCUCAAAUGGCAAGAGAUUGGAGUUUCCAACAAAUGUGCGAAUUUUGGGGUGGAAAAGAAACAUAUCAAGAGAGGAGUGGGAUUGAUUCAUUCCGAGGUGACACUUGUUCUUUUACGUUUCCUAAAGCGUCUGAAAAUCAGGAAUCAGCUUGGCGAUACUGUGCAGAAAAUGUACCGUUUCACAUCACAAAUGCAAAAGCAUCAGAAUAUAAAACAACCUGUGAAGCAGAAGCAACAUUGAUUUGUAAAAGUGGAUGGGUUCAGAUGUUCGGAAGGUGCUACAAGAUCACCAAGACGAUGAUGACACGUGAUAAAGCUGAAGAACAUUGUAAGAAUCAACAGGAUCAGACAUCGACAAUUGCAUUCAUGCACAGAGAAGCAUUGCCUUUUAGAUGGAAUGAUUAUUUCACUCGUGUUUCUCGUAUCUGGAUGGAUGCAAGUGAAGUUAUUACAAAUGAUUUGAUCUACGACAUCGAAGGUGGUAAUGUUCUUCUGGCAUUCGAUGGAUACAAAUACAAUCUUCCAAAUGUUGCAAUUGCUCGUGUUCCUAAGGAUGAAACUGCAAUGGUUCUAUGUGAAUACACUCCACCAAUGACAAAAUCAGAGAGCAACUACUUGCUCAGAAGAUAUGGAGAGAUCUAUUAUCCACCUCUUGUCACAUCAGAGGCUGUGUACAUGAGAACUAUAAGCGGUCGAAUCCGUGAUGAAACUGAUUUUUGCUGACAUUUGCUGACAACAAGUACUGUACCAAUGUGAUGCGUCCUAUAUUCCGAGGAUUAGCUGCUCGAUCAGCGUUUCCUACUAGAGAGUUUGUAGACAAAUUGGAAAAAGAAAAAGCUAUAAUUAGAUCAGCCACAGUUUCACAGAGUGCGAAUCAAAAAGGCAGAGAAGAAUCGGAGGUGGAAAGACUUUGAAUGUGAAAAUAGUUCAAGCAUUAUGGAGAAAGGGUGAACCAAAAGAAACAUGUGAUGCCGCUUCUUGGAGUUCAGCAAUAGUUUUGAGUCGUGAUGGAGAAAAGGGACUUGAAACAAUGUCUGACGCCCGUUACGCUCCUAUCUAUUGUGAAGCUAUUUUGGACGAAUACGAAUAUGGUGCAUGUUCUGAUGGAUUUUCUUCAUAUUAUCGUGCUGCGUUGGGAAUACAAUGGUGCCACAAGUUGGUUUCAAACAAGGAAGUUGUGUAUUCAGAAGCUGAGAAGGAAUGUGAUUCAUUAGGAGCUCAUGUGUCGGGAUUCUCGGAUCAGACAGAGUUGGAUUUUAUGCACAAUAUGACAAUGAAAAGCAGUUUAGGACGGCAUCAUUAUUCAAAUGUAUAUAUUGGAGCCCGAAGAAGACCAGAAUGCAUUAAACUCGGUGUCAGUGACCAAAUCCCUGGAUUUGAUACUGAUGACUCCAAACCAUGUGCUCGUUUCCGAGUGUUUUCUUGGCUUCACGGAGUUGCCCUGAAUCCACCUGAUUUUGCUUCCAACUGGAUGACCGACAAGGAACCAAACUUUGUUGGGAACGAAGAACAAUGUAUUGUUGUAAUGACAGGGACUCCUCCGCAAUGGCGCUACAAUGGCGAUAAGAAAAUCAAUGAUAUUCCGUGUACAGAUAGAUAUCCAUUUUUCUGUGGAAAAGAAGCACCAAUUGUGAAGAAGACUAAAUGA